ACAUAUAUAUAAAGAAAGAGAGAGGCAAGAGAGAGAGUCUGAAAAGAUAGAUCGACGGAGAUGGUGAUUGUGAGUGAAGAAGCCGAUAGCAGAAAAGUGCGUGUAUUCAGGUGGAAUGAGAAGCUCUGCAAGAAUGGAGUUUCCGACUGUAAAGCCCUUUUCAUGUUCCUUAUCUCCGACAAAUUCAUAACCAUUAGGUACCAACGUGAAUUCUUCAACGAAGGAAUAUCAGAGAGGUUGUUAUCUUCGACCGCAUAAGGCUUUUAUCUGAUAAUUCCAUCAAAUCGCUGGCUGUUGACGCCCUUAACACCACAAACCAAUUCCUACCCAACACCGUCCUAUCCUUAGCUCAUCAGAUUUCUACGUAUCUCAUCUCUCGAUUUCGCUUUAGCCCCCAAAAUCUUCUUCGCCGCAAUUUGCCUAGAAUAGUCAUAGUCGUUGACGUUGAUCGAAGUCGAACGGCCAAUUACGGCUUCCGCACUACUCAUCCCAUUCCGUCGCCGUUGUUUCCGUCUUCGCAUACGCAAUGUUCGUCAGAUUCAUCGGACGACGAAUUAGAUGAAGAGUUUCAUACUAUGGCUGCUCAGGAUACUUAUGAAGAUCCGAUAUAUAAUUGGGAUGAAGAUAUAGACCUCAAACAGAUUAUGGGUAAGCUAGUGUCGCUACCCCAAAAAUUGGGUGAAGGCGGGAAGUAUCCACUGGAACCGAUUGACACCGACGAACCGGUGGGCUUUUUCGAAGUUGAUCCGGAGAAGGACCACGUCUGGAAGCGGACUAAGGACGACAGAUCAACGGCGGUGGGUUUGUGCCCUAUAUGUCUGGAUGUAAUGUCGACCGACACCAUGGACAUCAUCUAUGAGACUUGUUGCUUGCAUGUCUUCCACAGGCGCUGCAUCUCAGCUUGGUUGUCCGAAUCCAAUUCCUGCCCCACAUGUCGCUUUCAGGUCUUGGAAAUGAACUGGUGGACGACAAUCCACCUCAAGCUUGAAAGUUGUUAGAAGGUUGUUUGCUAUUUUGUAUUUUGACCGUUCUAUGUAUAUUCGUAGUUGUGGAAAUGUAACUAAGUUAGUAUUCAUGGCCUUGUAACUUAAGAACGAACUUAUCUUUUGUUUGAUGUAAAUGAAACUAAUGGAAUUAUGGUAUAUGUUUUCAUGCAAUUGUAUCAUGUAACGUUGUAAAACAGGGAUUUUAAAUCUUAAUCAUGUAUUUUUGGA